AUGACGGGCACAGAUGAGCGAGACCUGUCAAGUCCCCAUGCACCUUUACUUGCCUCAUCACAGGUCCCCUUAGAACAUGACCGCGAGCACGAAACCCCGGCCUCUGAGCUGGAGUACUCAGGAGGGUGGUUCAUAUGGGCGUUGACCUUCUCAGCUGGAAUUAGCGGUCUUCUUUUUGGAUAUGAGUAUGACCUCUUUUUGAAGCCUGCUACCAUGGGGCCCAGUUGCGCCAGUAUAUUAACAAUAGCCCUUAGCACCGGUGUCAUCUCGUCUACAUUGGUGACUGUCGGAUCAGACCUGUCCAAUCGAACCUUGACGACACUCGACAAAAGCCUGAUCACUUCCUGUACUAGUCUGUUCGCGUUGAUCGCGAGCCCUUUCACCGGUGUGUUGGCGGACAAGCUCGGUAGACGGAAAGUCAUACUCGGUGCAGAUGCCUUGUUUGCACUUGGGGCGGUGGUGCAGGCAUUCACCAGUCAGGUCUGGGGCAUGAUACUUGGGCGCAGUAUUGUUGGUCUUGCUGUUGGAAGUGCGAGCGCGGUAACUCCGUUGUACAUAUCAGAGCUGGCUCCCUCCUCUGCAAGAGGACGACUCGUGACUAUCCUCAGUUUAUUCAUAACCGGUGGCCAGGUGGUCGCAUAUAUUGUUGGAUGGCUGUUUUCUACCACACCUGGGGGGUGGCGAUGGAUUGUGGGGAUCGGAGCAUUCCCAGCCUUCUUCCAGCUUGCUAUUCUGGUGUUUCUACCCGAGACACCAAGGUGGCUGGUUCAGGCUGGACAUGAUGUACAGGCAAAGUCAGUCUUGACUAAGAUUUAUCAAGAUUGUCCAGGAUGCGAGCAAGUGGUGAACCGCCUGGUGCGCGAUAUCAGCCAAGAAAUCGAACAAGAGGACUCAGAGCUAGGGCAGCCCAAGCCUCAUGGUGCGAAGCCUCAGUGGAUACACGAUGCGCUGCAGAGAGGUCAGCAGCUGUUGCACGGGGGCAAUAGGAGAGCAUUGAUCAUUGCGAUGAUGUUACAAGCAGUGCAGCAGCUUUGUGGAUUCAACAGCCUGAUGUACUUCUCCGCAACCAUUUUUGCAUCCUUGUCUUUCUCCUCUCCCACCUUGACCUCGCUCUCGGUGGCAUUGACAAACUUCCUCUUCACACUCCUUGCAUUUGUACUGAUUGACAGGAUUGGACGUCGGCGUAUCCUCCUCUACUCAAUCCCCGUGAUGGUCAUCGCCUUGGUGCUCUGUGCAGUUUCAUUUUCGUCAAUGGACGGAGCAUGGAAUUCGGAUGCCCCGACUAGUAGCAAGCCCCACGAUAAUCAUGGUUCUGCCGUGCCAUUGGCGAUUCUCUUCUGUCUUACUAUAUACACUGCGGCCUAUGCCCUUGGACUGGGCAAUGUGCCCUGGCAACAAUCCGAGCUCUUCCCUCUGAAUGUGCGGUCUCUAGGCUCUGCACUGGCAACAGCCACUAAUUGGGGAUCGAAUUUUGUGAUUGGUCUUACCUUUUUGCCCUUGAUGGAAUGGAUCUCUCCAUCAUGGACGUUCAUACUCUACGCAGUUGUUUGUGUGGUUGGAUGGUUUGCUGUAUGGAACAUUUACCCCGAAAUGAGUGGACUUGGCCUUGAAGAGGUCAAGGGACUGUUGGCUGAUGGCUGGGGAGUGAAAGAAAGCCUGCGGCGUUCACGAAAUGCAUAG